CACGCUGGAGGCGCGUUGAUGUGGCGCGCAAGCCUGUAGCAGGCAGAAGGACGGACGGUCGCCAUCUCUGGGUAAACACUGUAACCAUAUUACGCAGUUGAUGUUGUAGUGCGUGGACUGAAGCCGGAACGCACAGCUUCUACAGCAGCAGCAGCUACAGCCGCGGCAGAAGGCGGGGGCUACGCUGCCCGCUGCAGCAGCGACCACAGAGGACACAUACGGCGGCUUCAGAGCAGGACUGACGCUUUUGUUUGUCUCUCGCACGUCGGAGCUGUCACUUGACGUCUGAAAGCGAUUCUUGGUGCGCUUUCAUCUCCCCGAACUGUUUUUUUUUUUCUUUCCUCCCCCUCCAGUGUUUUUUGAGCGGACGGGACUUGCACGGUUCCAGUGAAAUGGGAUUUUAAUGGUGCACGUAGCAGCAGCAGCAGCAGCCUGUGCACAGCCGGGGGACCGUAGCUGGAGCAGCGCGCCCGGUGAUGAUCGCCGAAGAAUAAAGCGGUGCAGCCGAAGGGGCGCAACAUCUCGUUUCCAUGGACAACACGUCCAUAAUAACACAGGUUGCAAAUCCGAAAGAGGAGGAGAGCAUCUCAUCGAGUCAAGAUAAAGUCUCCCAGUCCAAUAGCAGCCUAAAGAAGCACCGAAGUAGGAGCAUUUUUAGCCCUUUCUUUUGCUGCUUCCGCAACUACAAUGACUACCAUGUGGAGCCACCACCCGCCAACAACAAGACACUUUCUCUGCCCCCUCCUCCAGAGGAAAAUGGCAGUCCUCCUAAGCCUCCAGCCAAGUUCCUCCUGCCUGAGGUCAGUAUAGCUGACUAUGGCAAAAACUGUGUGGUGAUCGACUUGGAUGAAACCCUUGUACACAGCUCCUUUAAGCCCAUCAGUAAUGCAGACUUUAUCGUCCCGGUGGAGAUUGAUGGCACUGUUCAUCAGGUGUACGUUUUGAAGAGGCCUCAUGUGGACGAAUUCCUCCAGAAGAUGGGAGAAUUGUUUGAAUGUGUCCUCUUCACCGCCAGUUUAGCCAAGUAUGCUGACCCCGUGGCAGACCUGCUGGACCAGUGGGGGGUGUUUCGCACUCGGCUCUUCAGGGAAUCAUGUGUUUUCCACAGAGGAAAUUACGUCAAAGACCUCAGUCGGCUCGGCCGAGAGCUCCGAAAAGUCAUCAUUGUAGACAACUCGCCUGCCUCGUACAUCUUCCAUCCUGAAAAUGCAGUCCCGGUGCAGUCCUGGUUUGACGACAUGGCAGACACAGAGCUGUUGGAUCUGAUCCCUCUUUUUGAGGGUCUCAGUAAAGAGGAGGACGUUUACAGCCCCUUACAGACCUUGAGGAACAGGUAGCAGAAAAGACAGCAGCCCCUCUCUGCCACGGUCCUGCAGCCCGGCUCCCGUUCUCCAAUCAAAAGGGUGGCCGGUUUGAGCAUUUAAAACGAACUGGUUUUAAUCUGGAGAAACGGACUCUGUGGAUUCUCGCCAUCUGUUGAUUCCUGGACUCUUUCUACAGGACUCCUACUGACAAAAGAUUAUAUUACUGUAUGUAUAUAGUAAAUGUUUCUAUGAGUAAGAUAUACAAAAAAUAAUUUUUCUAUCAGAGAGAGACAGUUUUACUAUUCUAUCAAGAUUCUGUCAGGUAAUAUUUUAGUUACUAAAAACAAUCAAAUUCACAGAUCACAUUUUUUUUUUUCAAGACUGUGUGAGCUUUGUUUUCUUUUGUGUUGUUUUCUUUUUUGUUCCAACAACUGUGAUUUACCUUCUCCUACAGAAUGAAGUGCCUUCAUUACUGUGCUUAUCUUGUUUCGGGUCACGGGGUCGGGGUCUCCAGAGACAAUGUUAUUUGUAAAUCCUAAAACAGAAGCUGAAAAUGACCCUUUGUAAAAAGAAAAAUGCCUGGCAUUUAUAAAGCUAGCCUGGAUUACUGUAGGGUGUUUGAUAUCAGUAGCAUUAAAUUGUUAAAUUCGCCAAAGACGUUUACAGUUCAAUGUGGUCCGUGGCUUAAUUACAACAUUUAAUCCUUGACAGUGGCGGUAGAUUCCUGUCCCUGGGACAUACGAAAAGCCUGCCUAAUUUUGUGAAAGAUAAAAAUCAACAUUUGUGACCAUUUAUCAACUGAUAAAUGUUGCAUUUCUGAUGAAACUUAGAAAUUAAAAAAAAAACCCAACAACCUAGAUUAUGUUUUACUGGACUAUGUUUAUUGAGGCUAAGAGUGUUGGAUGAAUUGUAAAGAAAUGAUGUUAAAACUGUACUGUAUGACAUAAAUAAAGUUGCAAAUUUGCACACUGUCA